CCGGAGUGUGGUGGGCGGCUCCGGAGGAUGGGCGCUGAGUGACGGCGGCGAUGACGAAAUCUGCGACGGGAGCAGUAGAAAGUGUAGGAGACUAGCGAGUGCCGGGUUUGGGCCCCGGUGACAAGGCUGAUACGUGAUUUGCGGCCGAGGUAUCAGAGGGAACGGACCUACAGACAAAGCCGUGGAUACUGGCGGUAGAUCCCGCUCUACCCAGUGCUGACUCGGAGAGCGACAAGAGAUCUGGUGUCAUCAUGGAUGAAAGACUUCAGCAUUCACACUGUGUCAAUUGUGUUAGUCGACGUUGCAUGAUUAGACCAGAGGCUGGAGUUUCCUGUGAUUUGAUAGGCUGCCCACAUGUGUGUGGAGCUGUCUUUCACUCCUGCAAAGCUGAUGAGCACCGCAUAUUAUGUCCUCUUGAAAGAGUGCCUUGCUUAAAUAAUGGCUUUGGCUGUCCUUUUAUUGUUACUCGUAACAAGUUGGCUGAGCAUCUGCAGUCAUGUCCUGCAAGUGUAGUGUGCUGUACGAUGGAAUGGAACAGGUGGCCAGUAAGUUAUGCAGACAGAAAAUCCUAUGAAAACUUAAGUAAAGAUGUUGAUGAAGUAGAGCAGCUAGAUAUGGCCUUAGCUCUUCAAGAUCAAAGAAUGCUUCUGGAGUCACUCAAAGUGGCAACUAUGGUGUCCAAAAAAACAGAGAAACUUGAAGCUCAAGAACAAAUUACUGUCAACACAGUUGAGAGUAAUUCAACACUUGCAAAUGGUUUAUCUGGUGAUGAAGAAUCAUACAGUGCCCUUUAUCAAGCAACUGUGGAGACAACUAAGAGUUUAGCAGCUGCAUUAGAUAUCCUGAAUAAUGCCACAAGAGACAUUGCUAUGCUUAAUGGUAGGUUACUUGAUGCAAGCUGUGAGAUGAACAGAAACUUUCAGAUGGCAGAGCAAAAUGGUGCUGGUUGUAUGAUUGUUAAAGAUCAGGAAUAUGAAGAUGAAGAAGAAAUUGGGGCAGUUGGUGGAAUUCUCUGUAGCUCAAUGAAACAUUUGCAUCAAAAUGGUUCAAGUGAUUUCUAUCCUGGAGCAAAUGGAAGUUAUGAAGUGGUUAGUGAAAAUAGCCUAGAUAAUUCCAAUGUGUUAUGUAAUGGCUUCCAUACUGAAAAUAUGCAUACUGAACAAAAUGAAAGUAAAAUACACACUUCUGAAUCAAAACAAAAUGGUGUUGAUAAACUUUUGGAUGUAGAUUCCAGGGAGCAGCUAUUAAACUCCAAGGAUUCUUUGCCUGGUGUGGCACUACUUCCAUCAUCCACAAACUUGACAAAUGGCAUAAAGGCUGAUGAGGCUACAAAAGAACAAUUGUUAGAAAAAAAAGAUGAACAAGGUUUAAGAAAUGUAGCUGUUUUUGGAAGACGCCCAUUUCUGGUUGAUGCAUACUGGUUCAAAGCAAAAAUGGAAGACAAAGCUGUUGAUACUUCAGAUUUAGUGACUGAAGAUGAUCCUAUGGGCCUCAAUGGAAUUGACCUGAUAACGGCAGCAUUGCUUUUUUGUUUGGGGGACUCGCCAGGGGGGAGGGGAAUUUCUGACAGCAGAAACGUUGAUGGGUAUCACGUUGACUUUGGAACACAGACCUUUUCGCUUCCUUCAGCAAUAUUGGCAACUGAUACAAUGGUAGGAGAUAUUGCAUCAGCUUCAGCAUGUGAUCAUGCUAAUCCACAGCUUUGUAAUCCUAGUCCUUUUCAAGCACUUGGCUUGGAUUUAGUACUAGAAUAUGUUGCAAGAUAUCAAACCAAACAAAGAUCAAUGUUUACAUUUGUAUGCGGGCAAUUAUUUAGAAGAGAUGAAUUUUCUUCUCAUUUCAAGAAUGUUCAUGGGGACAUUCAUGCAGGCCUUAAUGGCUGGAUGGAACAAAGAUGUCCUUUGGCGUAUUAUGGAUGUACAUAUUCCCAGCGUAGAUUUUGUCCAUCAACACAAGGAUCCAAAAUUAUUCACGAUCGACAUUUGAGAUCUUUUGGAAUUCAACCUCAUUCAUCUUGUCAGACUGACUCUGCGAGUUCUUUUGGAGCACCUCAAGAUCGGUUUAGUAAUUUGCCUUAUGAAGUUUUGCAACACAUUGCAGGCUUUCUUGAUGGCUUUAGCUUGUGCCAACUGUCAAGGGUUUCUAGAGUUAUGAGGGAUGUAUGUUCUAGUUUGCUUCAGGCCCGUGGGAUGGUGGUUCUUUUGUGGGAGAAGAGACUGUAUUCACAUGGAAGUUCAUGGCAAAUCAAAGAUAAGGUGUGGAGAUUCAGCACUGCUUUCUGCACUGUGAAGGAGUGGAAGUUUGCUGAUCUUGUGAGCAUGGCUGACCACUUGAAGAAAUGCAGCUACAAUACAGUAGAAAAGAGAGAAGAGGCCAUUCCUCUCCCUUGUAUGUGCGUGACCAGGGAACUAACUAAAGAUGGCCGCUCACUCCGUUCUGUUCUGAAACCUGUUCUUUAGAUACAACAAAAAAACUUCACCUUUCAUGCACCAACACCCAAGCACCAGUUUUAACCUCUCUACGGUAUCAUUUGUGACACUUGUAUUUAACUAAAAUCCACGCUUAUCACUGUGUAUAUAACAAUGGUUUUUGAAGUGAUGUUUAUUUUUUUAUAUAUCGAAGAGAAAAUAUGUUUUAGAUGGAAGGAAUAUAAAAUGCCUUAAUGUUGUGGAAAAAGUCAAAUUUUGCUGGACUUGGAUAUCGCAUAUGAUGUCUUUUAAAAUUCCCUGUGGGAUCUUAAUCUUUUAGCAUGGUUUGCUGAUUCACUAGUGCCGUUAUCCUGACAAUUAUACAGAAGCAUUCAAUGAACAAUAUAGACCUUCAUCUUUUUUCGACACUGACCAAAAAGGUUCUGUUGUGAUUGUGUAUUUCAAUACGUUUAAUGUUGGUCAGCUUACAUUAAGCAAUUCAGGAAAGUACAAAGUUGCAGAACUUCUUCAGUCUUUCAGAUGUAAUCUCUUCAGUGCUAACUGUGUCUGCCUCUUAAAAGAUAUCUAGUACUGGAAUGAUUACCUUAUAAUUGUGCCAUUUUCCCUGUAUAAUCUCCUUUUACCAAAUAUGCACUUAAAUUAUAUUCUUUAGCAAUUUAUAUGAAAAUCAACAUACACAUUGUUAGCACUUUAUUAUUUUUUAAGAGUACAUGGAAGUGAUGAAUUUGCUUUGGUGAGUCAUUUCUGUUUCAGUGUUUAAAAAAUGUAAAAAAAGAAACACAAUUCUCUCUCUGCAUUUGACGUUUUCUCCCUCUUUAUAUAUAAAAAAAAAAGUUAUAUUUUUUUUUAAAGGUAAAUGCCUACACUCCCAUACAUUUAAAAAACAAACAAACCAUUUUAUUGCUGCAAAAGGGUUGAACUCCCACAUCAGGCAUUCUCCCAGAAUGUCCACGAGCAAGACACAGCUGAUGAUUGGUAGCUACAUGUGCGCGCCACUCCUGAAUCGCUCAGGGCAUUGCCACUAUUGCGCAAAAUGAAUAGUUAGCAAUGGGCAUUUAAUAUUAUUUUCUAAGCAUUAAAGCCUUUGCAUUAUUCGAUCAGAAUGCCUCUUUAAUAAAAUACAGAUGCAAAAAAAUAGUAGCAAUGUUUUAAUCUUUAAUUUUCAAAAAGAAAAGUAUGUUUAAAAUGAAAACCACUCAUUUAAAGGGACGAUAUGAUCAAAAUUCAUGAUUCAAAUAGAGCUUGUAAUUUUAAACCAUUUUCCAAUUUUCUCUCUAUCAUCUAAUUUGCUUUGUUCUCUUGGUAUCCUUUGUUUAAAGCAUGCCUCGGUGGGCUCAGGAGCAGUAGGGUACUGCUGGGAGCCAGCUGUUGAUUGGUGGCUUUACAUAUAUGCCUCUUGUCAUUGGAUUACCCAAUGUGUUCAGCUAGCUCCCAGUAGUGUAUUGCUGCUCCUUCAACAAAUGAUACCAAGAGAAUAAAGCAAAUUUAUCAAGAGAACAUACCAUUUUCAAAUUGACUUCUAUCUGAAUCAUGAAGGAAAAAGCUGGGGUCUAAUGUUCUUUUUAAAGGCUAGAAUGGGGGUGAGGCAGUUAAGUUAGAGCAUAACUUCCAUGUACCCUUUGAGCUUCAGAUUGUCUUCAGACUGCAUUUGGAAUGAAGUGCAUCAAUUUAAAGCACAUUAUGUAGUAUUCAGGGCCUGUCGAACAUCAUUAUGCUAAUGGCAAGUAUUGCAAACAUGUCUAAUUAUAUUGUAUGCACUACCUUAAUAUUUAUUGACUGGGGAACUCUUGAAGAUGGAAGAUGAACAUGCAACAAAAUGAGCUUGUUUUACAUUUUUAAAGCAUAAUUUUCUCUGUUUUACUAUUUUUUUACACUUCAGUUUGAAAGAGAUUUUUAAACAACAAAAAAUUAAAAAAAAGUGUUUUUGUUUGUGUUGUGUUUUUACUUAUCUUUGCAAGAUGUGGAAAAGAAGACCUGUCAUGCUUUAGAAUGGAGAUUUUAUUCCUAAAUUCUUUCAUUUUUCAUCUUCCAUACCAAGAGCUCCUCUCUGAGUGCCUUUCUGGAAAUACUGCUGAUUUUCUGCAUGUUUGACGCACUACUUAGUUUGUGUGUGUGUGUGUGCGUGUGCGUGUGACAGUACGAAAUUCACUAAUUUUUGUUUUUUAGGCCGCUUCAAAUUUGAAUGUCAAGUAGGCAACUCCAAAUAAAUUGGUUGAAUUAAUAACAAAGGAACUAGAUUUACCAUCCAGGUCCUGUAACAUAUUAAGAGAGUCCUAUUAUAAUUUACAAUUUAUGUUCAAGUUUAAACCUUGAUAUGAACGGAUGUAUACUGUAUUCAUCUAGGGUGUUUGUUUUUGCGAUAGUGUAAUUUACUUUCUGAAAUAGUUACUGAAAAGCACAUUGCAGUAUCUGUCAUUUAAACUUAAGCUGUAAUAACGUAGAUUUUCUUUUUUUUUCUUGCAUGCUGUGACUGAGAAAUGUUUUAUCCAUUGCAACCUCACAAAAAAGGUAGCAAUCUCUUCUUGAUGAAUUUACUUUAUAUAACUUGGGCACUCACAAAUAAUUUAAAAAGGACAUAAAAGUAAAAAAAUAUAAAGUUUUAUAUUUUGACCAGAUAACCCUUUAAAGGGAAACUGAACCCAAAUGUUUUCUUUCAUGAUUGUUAGUGCAUGCAAUUUUAACCAACUUUCUAAUUUACUCCUAUUAUAAUUUUUUUCUUUGCUCUCUUUAUUUGAAAAAACAGGAAUGUAAGCUUACGAGCUGGCCCAUUUUUGGUGCUGCACCCUGAGUAGCGCUUGCUGAUUGGUGGCUUCAUUUGCACACCAAUCGGCAAGCACUACCCAGGUGCUAAACCAAAGAUGUGCCAGCUCGUAAGCUUACAUUCCUGCUUUUUCAAAUAAAGAUACCAAGAGAACGAAGAAAAAAUUAUAAUAGGAGUAAAUUAGAAAGUUGCUUAAAAUUGCAUGCUCUGUCUGAAUCAUGAAAGAAAACAUUUGGGUUCAGUGUCCCUUUAAACAUUUAUUUUCUUGCUAAUUAUAUAGAAAAUAAAACCUUUAUGUAUUAGCAGCGCCUCCUGCAGGUAGAGUUAAUAGCUAGGUGAUCUAGAAUGCAGGGGUAUUAAUAUAGAAAUAGGUGGUGGUGUUUAGUUCUUUUUUGUUUGUUUUUUUACUUUUAUGUCUCUUUAAACAGAAAUGUUAUUUUUUUUUCAUUUUCCAAGUCAGUUCUGAUUCUGGUAAUACUGUAUUUUUUUUAUCUGGUGUUUAUUAAAAAUGUUCAUAUUGCAACAUUCACAAUUUUCCACUGCAUUCAUUCCAGUGUUAGAUAUGCAAAUGUAUCAAAAAAUACAAUGAAUUAGGAUUGUUCUCUCUUGUUCAGUGCUAUAGAAAGUGUGUUUUACACUGUUUACAAUACUAAUCUACCUACAGACGUAGACUCCUCUAUCGUAACCAAUGGGAGCUGUAUCACAUGAUUUACUAUAGUGCCAGUGUUAGCAAUAACCUAGGCCAUUGUUUCUCAUCCGUGGUCCUCAAGUACCCCCAACAGGCCAGGUUUUCAUUAUAGCUGAGCAAGUGCACAGGUGAAGUAAUCCGCUGAUGGGUGAGAGCAGGUUAGUAACCAUGGUGUUACUGAUCAGCUGAUUAUUUCACCUGUGCACUGGUUCAGCUAUAAUAAAAACCUGGCCUAUUGGGGGUCACUUGAGGACCGCAGUUGAAAAACACUGACUUAGGCUAUAUGUCGUCAUUAUAUAACAUUGCAGAGAAUGUGUUACUAAGGAAUGUUGCUAUUUUGAGCUGCCACUUUUAAGUAAAUGUUCAAGCAAUGUUCGGAAUAAGUGCUAAUUUUUCAUGACCACUUGUUUUUUGUUGGAUAUAUAAGAUAUGAAUACAUUCUUUCAAAUUGAAAAUGACUUGACAUUUGUUUUUUAACCUGCAGAAUAUGUUUUUAUCAGUUAUCAAAUGAUGGUUACAUAUUAUUGCAUGGUGCCUAUGUUCUUGUUUAAUCCUUUGGUAAUAACCAGACAGCGAUUGUUACCUUUAUAUCACUUGUUUUCAAAUUGCUUAAAUUUUAAUUAUAUAUUUUUUUUGUGUCUAAUAAACGCUAAUAAAACGGUUUCCCCUGAA